ACCCUAAGUUGGAACCCCCGUCGUCGCCUUGACGGUUCCUUUUGACGGCGUUCUCGCCUUGUUCGUGUGGUUAGCGUCAUAUUUUUGAUAAUUUCAUUACAAUCAUGGCGAAAUUCGAUUUGACAUCGAAGAUUGGACAGUACCUAGACCGGCACUUGGUUUUUCCACUCCUGGAAUUUCUCUCAGCUAAAGAGAUUUAUGACGAGAAUGAAUUGCUCCACGCCAAACUGGCUAUCCUUAGCAAAACCAAUAUGAUUGAUUAUGCCAUCGAUAUCAGGAUGCAGCUGUAUCCAAAUGUGGAGGUUCCAGAGACGUUGAAGUCUCGACGUGCAGUGGUUGUGCAAGAACUCGGAGUACUCCAAAAUAGUGUAUCCGUUGUUGUAUCGAUAAUGAACAACGAGAAGGCCAUGAAGAAGAUGGAGGAAAUGAGGGAUUCAAAAGCUCUGAAUAAUUAUUUAACCCAAGAAUUAGAUUUCCAAAUUGAGAUGUUGGAUAAUCUUGUUAAAUUGGCUAAAUACAGAUACGAGUGUGGAAAUUACUCCAUUACAACGUCUUAUUUAUACUUCUAUAUGCUCAUCAUGCCACCUACAGACAAAAAUUACUUGAACGUACUGUGGGGUAAACUAGCCUCGGAGAUUCUAGCCCAGAACUGGGAUACAGCUCUUGAGGACGUUAACAAGCUACGAGAAUACAUUGACAGCAAUGUCAUUGGCAAUUCACUGCAAGUCCUCCAGCAACGAACCUGGUUGAUCCACUGGAGUCUCUUUGUAUUCUUCAAUCACGCAAAAGGCAGGGAUCUGAUAAUUGAAAUGUUUUUGUACCGCCCUCACUACCUCAACGCCAUCCAGACAAUGUGUCCACACAUACUACGUUAUUUGGCAGCUGCUGUUAUUGUGAACCGCUCUAGACGUUCCACACUCAAGGAUCUCGUCAAAGUCAUUCAGCAGGAGUCCUACACGUAUCGUGACCCCAUCACAGAGUUCCUGGAGCAUCUCUACGUGAAUUUUGAUUUUGAUGGAGCUCGUCAGAAGCUCCAGGAGUGUCAGACAGUAGUAUUCAAUGAUUUCUUCCUCAUAGCCCUUCUCAAUGAAUUUGUGGAGAACGCUAGGCUCAUGAUCUUUGAGACAUUCUGCAGGAUCCACCAGUGCAUCUCCAUUGGAAUGCUCGCAGAGAAACUCAAUAUGAAGGCUGACGUCGCUGAAUGUUGGAUUGUCAAUCUCAUUCGUAAUGCCCGGCUUGAUGCCAAAAUUGACAGCAAACUGGGACAUGUCGUGAUGGGAGGACAGCCUGCCUCACCUUAUCAGCAACUUGUCGAGAAGAUUGAGACGCUGAGUGUCAGGAGCGAAGCUCUGGAGAACCUGAUCGAAAGGAAAUUAAAAGCUAAAAAUCAGGAACCUGUCAGCAUUGUGUGGAAUUAGACGGAAGGUAAUUUUCCUGGGAGUUUUAUAACCUGAGGCGUUAAUUUAAGAUUGAGGAUGUGGAAUUAUGAAGAGAACGAUGAUUGUCGUAAUAAAUGAAUUUUUAUCUGUACAACUGAAAA